UUCUCGGGUUAAUUACAAAAGUGGGCAGGUUUGUGUUCAUCAGAGUGUCCCUUUCCAAAUCACCAAAGCACCUCAAAAAAGUGGCAGUGCAGAAAAAGGGGCGAGAGGGUCAAAAAGGGGAAAAAUUCCCCUAAAAAGAGGUAAAAGGGACACCCUGGUGUUCAUAUCAGAUUGUAAGGGUUGGUUGUCUUGGGGCCGAAAAGGGGGCAUCCAUACAAUUCCAUCACAAGCGAUUCUUAGGGCGGGAUAAUAUAAAAUCUCCAAUAAACCAAAACUUUUAUAAAUUAAAAGAAAAUUUAAGGAAUUUGAAGAAAUAGCUGCAAAGGUAAGAAAAACUCCCCAAAAAAUAAAUUUAAUUAAAAUUAAAAAAAGAUUAAAAAUCUCAAAACUUCUCCAAAUAACGAAGAAUUAAUGCAACUUUAUGCUCUUUAUAAACAAGGAAGUUGUGGAGAUAAUAAUAAUUGUAAACCUGGAACUUUUGAUAUCAGGGGAAAGAAAAAAUGGGAGGCCUGGAAUGGAAAAAGAGGUCUAUCAAUAGAAGAGGCCCAAAAACAAUAUAUAGAAUUUGCUAAUAAAAUGAUUAUUAAAUAUGGACUUUGCUAA